AUGUAAGAAAAGUAGGAAAACUGAUUCUAUGGUCUACAAGCAUAUUUUUUAACCUAAGUUUUACUUUUUAAACUGAAGCUUUAAACCAAAUUGUCGUUGGAGGCGGAUUGUUCUUCAAGGCAUUCCAAAUGGAGGAUAAAAUUUUUCCAGCAAAUCUCUCCGAAGUAUGUUCAAAAAGGGAGGCUGCAAUGGUCAAACAAAUUUUUCUCGACUUAUGUGAAGUUAAAAGAUAUUGGGAUGUCGAAUACCUGUUUGAAAGUACUCAUCGAAAGACCUUCAUAACUGCGAAACUAUCUAAGACACAAAAACCCAGUCUUUUUGUUCCGAGUCAUCUUUCAGAUAGUACAAAUUUUUUGGAAAUGAGGCGGUUACUUUCUCUCAAUAAUGACCAGAAGUUUCAUAGUAUAUUUUUGGCAUUCAUAAAUGCAGACACAACUUGUGUAUACUAUCAAAUAAACGAAGGGCUUCUACAACCCAAAGCAAUCACCAGUAAGCAUCUUGUAAGAAAUAGUCAAAACAUACGGGAUUCUUUAAUCAGGAAGAAUAAAGAUCUCAUCGAGCAAUCAGCUUCUUAUGGAAUACCUAUAACGUUGAAGCUAGACCCAGGGGAUGAUGAAUCUACCGACCAUAGGAAAGAUGUGUAACUGAAGGUAAUUUAGGAAGAAUGUAUCUAAUUACACGGAAUUAAGAAGAUCCAGUUUGCGACUAACAGCAACUCUCUUAAAAAAAUUUUCAUAGGCUGUGAUUUUUCUAGUAUAUCUGAAAACGUACAUGUCUGCAAUACCAAUUGUUGAUAAUUUCCGGAUAAUAUUUCAUUAAUAAAAUAUCAAUUUUUGCAAAA